AUGGAAUACUGGAAUCCAAGUCAACAGGGAAGAAAAGUUCAGGCCUAUAAAGACUUUGUGGCCUUUGUUAAACCAAAGUUUGGAUCACUUACCCAUCUCCCUGUAAAAGUAAUCCCACCACAUGCUUUUGAAGGCCUAUGAGACACCUUCAUAAUUGAAAUCUUUCAACAUGACCCUCUAGGAAGAACAGAAGCUUGUGCAUGUGACAGCCUUUCUACUUUGUCUGAAACAAUCCUGAGCACAAAUAAUUUGUUGCAUAUUGAACAUGGAGCAUUCAAAAAUCUGCCAAAACUUAAAUAUUUGAUUCUAGAGGACAAUACAAACCUCAGAAGAAUACACAAUGAUGCCCUGAAGGGAACCACAGGACCAGAUAAGUCCACCCUUCUUUACUCUGCUCGUUUAUACAGGUUACAUGUACAGCACUUAUCCAAAAAUUACACUGGCUAUAGCUCCAUAGACUGUUUUCAGCUGGCAACUCAGAUAUUGUUUCCUCUUCCUUUCAGACAAAAUGCUAUGCUUUUUAUUUUUGACAACUUCUCCAAGCAGUGUGAAAAAAACAUGAAGAAACAAACAUACUUAACUCACUGUAAGUAUCUGCAUAACUCAUUCGAGCUCAUAAUAGAUGAAAGAUACUCCCCUUACAACUAAUCUGCUAUUUUUGAUGAGAAUGAAAUGAUUGGCUUUGAUUUUGAUUACAACUUCUGUCAGCCUAAAAUGCUCAGAUGCACUCCUAAACCAGAUGCAUUUAAUCCUUGUGAGCUAUAUCUGAGGAUAUCUUUUCUGCAAGUCUUGAUUUGCUUUAUUAACAUCUUGGCUGUUGUUGGCAAUUUCACUGUACUCCUUGUCCUACUAACUAGCCAUUAUAAACUGGCUGUUUCCCAUUUCCUCAUCUGUGACCUCUCCUUUGCUGAUUUCUGCAUAGGACUUUAUUUGCUCUUUAUUACCGGGAUGCCCAAAAAGACUGGUCAGUACUACAACCAUGCAAUACACUGGCAAAGUGAUAGUGGCUGCAGCACUAGUGGCUUUUUGUUUUAAACAAUGUUUGCAAGUGAGCUUUCAGUUUACACCCUCACAGUGACCACUGUGGAGAGGUGGCAUACUAUCACCUAUGCAAGGCAGCUGCGUCAAAAGUCGUACCUAAGGCAUUCUAUCUUGAUCAUGCUCAGAGGCUGGGUAUUUUCCACUCUGACAACAGCAUUACCUCUUGUAGGAGUCAGUAGUUGCACAUAAGUCAGCAUUUUUUUACCCAUGGAUACAAAAACAACUCUUCCCCAAGCCUACAUAUCGAUCAUUUUAGUGUUAAAUAUUCUUGCCUUGAUAGUCAUUUGUGCUUGUUAUAUUAACAUUUACAUAGCAGUUCAAAACCCAGAGCUGGCAGCUCCUAACAAAGAUACCAAGAUUGCCAAGAAAAUGGCAGUAUUGAUCUUCACUGAUUUUACCUGCAUGGCAUCCAUCUCAUUUUUUGCCAUAUCAGCUGCCUGUAAAGUACCUCUCAUCGUAGUGACCAACCCUAAAAUUUUGCUAUUGUUUUAUGCAGUCAAUUCCUGUGCAAAAUUUCUGCAUGCCAUUUUAACCAAAGCUUUUCAAAGGGAUUUUUUUCUCCUGAUGACCAAGCUGGGGUGCUGCAAGAAGAAUUAAGCUGAGCUUUACUAAGUGAACUAUUCUGCUGCACAUACUUCCUUCUGCAAAAAUGGCAGUUUAUCCCACAACCCAAACAAAACCUCGCACAUGCUGCUUCAUUUAACAAACUUAUGUGACCAGACAUCCUGUAAAGAGAAUUAA